AUUCUGCCAACACUAGUUGAAUCGCAGCGUAAAUUGUUCUCGCCAGAUAAGCAGGUCUUGUGACGAGAACUUGGAGGACACCGCGAUGGACUUGGUGGAUAUCGAUAAGGUAUUGGACGACCUCGAGCUAAACGAAGACGAUGGCAACAGCAUACUUCAACGGGCAGUUGAACAUACCAAACCAAACAAACGUGACGAAACGCCCGUGGUGAAUGGAACGACGGAAAACACACCAGCAGCCGCGUCAUCGGCGCAGGAAAAGUUAAAGUUUAAGGCCAACGUAGUUAACGUGUCGACGGUGUUUUCUAGUCUCAACGAAUACGUGAAUGCGGGAGGCACGGAACUGGGAGGCGUAAAACCACCAGUGGUCAGCGAAGACACAGCUAACGAACUGACCAUACCGAUUGAGCGAAAGCCCCUUCUAACACCACCAUCGACCUCAUCCAUCUCGUCGGACGUCGGAAAGACAUCGUCGCCCGCGGUGACCACAUCUUCCCCGCGGACCGUAUCGUCUCCAGCUUCCUCGCCCGACUCGUCCGUUACGUCGGCGUCUUCAUCACGGGUGGCCAGUUCCUCCAGGUCGUCGUCGGCUUCGCGCCGCUCUUCCUCGUCGUCGUCGACGUCGUCUUCGGGAAGCUCGAGUGAUGAAGGCGAGCAAGGGCAAGAGGAAAAAGCACACAAGGACGUUGACGCAGAGCCGGGCCCGGGGCAUGUGAAGCUUCCUGAAGAGUUGUCUUCUCUCAGUGCCGAAGAUUACGUGCUCGAUUCGUCCUCGAUCACGACACUAGCCACCACCAAUGAGGAACGUCAGCGGCAGGAGGUGGUGGAGGUGGUAACGGCCGCACCAAGCGAUCCACAGGACACGUCCGCCUUUUCCUACAAGAACAGCCUGUACUCGGACACGCUAAGCAACGAUGUGAUAAACUUGGAAGGAAUCUCGUCCAUCUCGUCGAUCGUAGCGGUGGAUCUUACAAAGAGCGGCCAGGCAGGACAUAAGAAUGGGCAGGCGGAGGUAGGAGCACCGGUGGCGAAGGAUGAGAUCGAAACGGAAAACGAUGAAGCAGCACCGCAGGGAAAACAGCAGGGUGAAGAGGAUGACGCUCGGAAGCCAGUGGUCGGGUUUGAGUCGACCAUGGAUGACGUUUCCGAUACGGAGCUCGAGAGUUACUUGCAGGAGUUGGAAGAGUUUGAUUUUCGCAGCGUAAACGUUGAGUCGACGGUUCCGCCAAAACCCGACGGGGUGGAACAAACAGCUGAACAGCAAACGCAAGAGCCCGUGGAGCCAACCGAGACGGCAAUUGUUGUGGAGGAUGUACCGGCAACACCGGAAGAACCACCACCUCCGGUUCCAAAAGAUCGGGCCGACGCCACCAGCAUCGAUAGUCGCAGCGACGAUGACAUAAGUCCCAGUUCAUCCCGGGGAGAAAACGAGGAAGAUCUUAUUUCGCAAGCUUCGACGUUGGAAUUCAACGACUUAGCGAUGGCGGCCGCGGCAGCUACGGCCGCGACGGCUUCCACCCCGCCAGUGGAGGAUGUACACGAUCCACAUGAAAUACCGCUGAACGGGUCGGAUGUGGAAAUCCCCGUUCCCGCCGAUACCGAACUCGAAGCUGACUUCCCGCUCGAGGAAGAUGGUAGUGAAAUAAGGUUCAUCGAUUGCACCGAAACGGAAUCGGAACAGCGACCGAUCGCAGAUGUCGCGCUCCCGGAGGACGAGCACGAGCUUAUGCGUCCCCGGGAACGACCGACUUCGCUCGAGCUAACGGGGACCGCCGCAAUGGGUGUGGAGCUUGGUGCUUCACCUGGCCACACGCCACCUUCCACGCGGGUCAUGGAUCCGGACCAUGGGCUGACACUUUCAUCCACCAGUUCGGAUGAUUUUGUCGCCUCGAUCGGUGCGCGAACAACUUCGGAACAACCCCCAACGAUGGUGGGGGAAGAUUUGGCCGCCCGACUUCCGAUGGCCGAUCCCAUUCAAUCCCCUUUGGCCCUCUCGUCAUCCGGGAUGCCCGUGGUUCCGAUUCUCAGCCCAGCGCAAGUGCAGCUCGGAAAGGUACAACCAUUCUGGGUGCCGGACAAUUCCACCAAAUUCUGUAUGCAGUGCAAUCAGAAGUUUUCCGUCAUAAAACGACGGCACCACUGUCGAGCCUGUGGCCAGCUGCUCUGCGCUUCCUGCUGCUGCCUGAAGGCGAAGCUGGACUAUCUCGGUGACGUUGAGGCCCGCAUCUGCAUCGAAUGCGACGUGAUAUUAAACAUUCAACUGCAGCAAGCGAUGGAGGCGGAACAGCAGCUCCAGCUGGCGAUGGGAGGCACCGUAGCGGGAGCGGUAAGGAGUCCCCUCGUCGCCGCCGGUCAACGACAGCCGAACCCGAACAAUCCGAUGGAGUACUGCUCGGUGAUUCCUCCGCUUCAGCAGGCGGCCGCCGCAGGCAGUCAGCCGCAGUCCCCGAUAUCGGUCAUGGUUCCGGUCGGGGUGCUCAAGCGAGCCGGAGCGCCACGAAGCAUGCGAAAGGAUAAGAAUGUCAUCUUCAGCGAUGGCAUUCGACCCGGGUGCGAUUUGACGGAGCUCGAUCACAACUGGGACGCCGUACCGACGAGAACUUCCCCUCCGAGGACUCGCAAGCCGCGCGUACAGACCCCUCCCGGGGCGGACGAGGAAGGAGCCCCGGCGCUACCGAUGGUUUCGACCGGAACGCCGUUGGUUUCGUUGAUUCCAGCCGAGGAGAACAAAUUGCCCCCGGUGCUGAAGCGCAUUAGUCCGACAGAGAGCAAGCUGGUUGAGAUCGAGAAUGAUGCCUCGCUGGUGGAAGGUCUCCGUGAGGUCACGCUGACGUUUGCGGUGCAGAAAAACUUCCACGUGCACGUGACGAUCGUCGACUUGGCGUGUUGCGUCAAUCGGACGGUCAUCAACUUCACCACACGUGGUCUACACUACGUUGGUCAGGAUGAGAUCAUCAUUCUGUUGGAGCUUGGUGAUUCGCGAACGCUUCCGAAAGACAUCUUUACGCAUCUGAAUGAGAUAUACUGCGAGGCCGCAUCCCGUGGGCAUAUUAUAAUCGAGCUUGGUUUCUCGCCGGCGCGUACGAACAAUUUUCUCGGCUCUAAACAUCAUGGCGGUUUCCUCUACGUCCGACCGACGUACCAGUGUAUGAAGGCGGUGAUCGUGCCGGAAGCACCGUACCUGAUCGGCUUGCUAAUUCACCGGUGGGAAGUGCCGUGGGCAAAGGUGCUCCCGUUGCGGCUGAUGCUACGCCUCGGUGCCCUCUACCGGUACUAUCCUUCGCCGCACGUAAGCGUCCGGGAGCGCGAAUCAGUGUACGUGGAGAUUGCGCAAACGAUCGUGAACCUGCUGGCUGACUUCCGGCACUUUAGCUACACCAUUCCGACCGUGCGCGGGAUGGCGAUCCACAUCGAGCACCGCAAGACGAGCAUACUGAUCCCGCGGAACCGCUACGAGCAGAUGGUGAAGGUGGUGGACGGUUCGAGCGAGCAGCUGAUGGCGGUGGCGGGCAACUUUAGCAAGCUGGCGGACGGCCACCUCGUCUGCAUCCAAAACACCGAAUCGGGCUGCCCGGAAGCGACCCAGUACUCGACGCACGCGAUCAACAUCGAUGGGCAACCGCGGAAGGUGACGGGGGCGAGCUUUCUGGUGCUGGAUGGGUCGUUGAAACCGAACGCGGGCCUGACGGGCAUGUGCAUCAUCAAGGAGGACGGGUUGAUCGUGCAAAUUCCGCCGGUCAAACUGCAGCUGGUGAAGGAAGCGCUGAAAGCGAUGAAAAACUACCAGAUCGUGUGUGGCCCGAGCGGGGAAGGCGCGGGUGUGGACGAGCAGGCAAAGGAAGUGGUCGCGAUCGAGUGGACGACGAAUGAUCUGAACUACAACAUCGGUGUCACGUCGCCGAUCGAUCGGAAGGCGUUCGAUGGCGUGCCGAGUAUUCGCGUGCAGCGUGGGACAGACUAUUCCAACGCGAACCACAUCAUCCGGUGGACGGAGGUUUUCGUACUAAAGGGUGACGAAGAAUCGAACCAUCCCGGUGAUCCGAUCAACAUGUCGAAACUUUCCGAAACGGUUGCAAAGAGUGCCUGCAAGGCGUUGGUGGAAUACCUGGACCUGCUCGCAUCGAACGGACACUCGAAGAUCGCUCUUCGGAUCAGUUCAAACCGCGGCCAGAUGUCCUACGUGGCGGGAAGCGGCGGCAGCAAACUGGCCCCGCUCUACUCGAAUGCGCUCGGUCAGGAGGUGAUGGGCAUGCUGCAACGCCAGGCCACCGCCCUCCACCUCGACCAGCACGAUAUUGUGUUUGAACUGAUUUUCCACAUUCUUGACAAGUAAACUAAAUUCCUCCUUCCUUCCUCCCCCUCCUCCAUUGCCCAACGAGUAAGAAGGCGCCACCAAAAAAAAAACUAAACACGCUCGCAGCUCAGAGUUCCGUUCCCUCAGUAGCGCCUUCAUUUCCGUUCCGCCUGUCCGUCGUAGGGCCGUUUUAAGUCGUUUGGAAUGAGUUUUUUUUUUGUCCCGAAUCGGAAGGAAGCGCACGGCGGAAACAACAAUUAAUAAAGUGCUGAAAAGCGUGUUCCACUGACGCCGAGAAGGUUGUCGGGAGGUUUGCUUUGAGCGAACCGAAGGGAGGGAGCACGAGGGAAGAUAGAUUUGAAGAGCAACGUACACACCAGGUGCAUAACGUGAGUUAUAUUAUAGAGUAUAUAGAGUAUACAUAUACAUACACAUUGCAAAUAGAUAUAUAUUUCUUAUAUAUAGUUAAAAUUAUUGAAACGCGGAGGAUGAGGGAAUUAAAAAAAAACAUAACUUUAAUAUGUUGCAGUUUGUGCGCGCAGCGGUAGUGGUGCGAAGAAGUGGACGGAUAUUUAUAUUUGAUUUUUUGAUGUUUUAACCGUCGUUGGUGAGGAACCGACCCCGGGCUGGUUGGCAAUAAAAUAAAAACAGUGGGUAUUUCGUUGGCAGAUGAUACUACUACACCCAGUAAGAGUUGCAAACACGAUACUACAAAAUAUAUACGCGCGUACGAGGCGCAUACAAUUACGAUGGUCGCUUUAUU